AUGGUCAGAGAAGUGACUGUGGGCAGACACAGGAUCCAGGAUGGCGACAAGGGGGCAGCAGAGGAGCGGGAGACUAGAGACAGAGGGGCAGAAAGAAGGGGAACGAACUGGCUGAUUGAAAUUCUCUGCCUGAUUUCCUCCAAGGGGGAUCCCACAUGGAUCCAAUCUGUGCCCAUUUGGGAACGCUCACCCUGGGUAGAGACUGAACCCGGGUAUAAUUCACUGAAGGAUAAGGAAGGCCCUCGCCUCAUCAGCUCCCACCUCCCCAUCCAACUCAUCCCCAAGUCUCUCUUCAGUUCCAAAGCCAAGGUGAUUUACCUCAUCAGAAAUCCCAGAGAUAUUCUUGUGUCUGGUUACUUUUCCUGGAGUACUUCAAGUUUUGCUAAGAAACCGUCACUGGAAGACUAUUUUGAAUGGUUCAUCCAAGGAAAUGUACCAUAUGGAUCCUGGUUUGACCACACUUGUGGCUGGAUGUCCAUGAAAGGGAAGGAGAACUUCCUGAUACUGAGUUAUGAAGAGCUGAGAUGGGACACAAGAAGCGCUGUAGAGAAGAUCUGCCAAUUCCUGGGCAAGAAACUAGAACCAGAAGAACUGAACUCCCUCCUCAAGAAUAGCUCCUUCCAGGUCAUGAAAGAAAACAAGAUGUCCAAUUAUUCCCUCCUGCGUGGUCAGUAUUUAGAUGAGGAGAAUGGAUCACUUCUGAGAAAAGGCAUUUCUGGGGACUGGAAAAAUUACUUCACGGUGGCCCAAGCUGAAGCCUUUGAUAAAAUAUUCCAGGAGAAGAUGGGAGAUCUUCCUCGAGAGCUGUUCCCAUGGGAAUAAUGUUCAAAAACUUCUGGAUCUACUAUGAAUAUUGAUAUUUGUUUUCCUGUCCUUGUAUAUGUGCAUGACAGGAGGUAGUUGCAUAAAACCUGUAUUUCAUCCUGGA